GGCCUGCCUUUAAAUCGUUUCUCCGCAGUUUAUCGCUGUUUUCGAAUGCUACGGCGGAGCGCACUUCUCAUAUAAACCUUCCGAUCGCUUCCCGGAUCCCCCCGUGCCCUCAUCAUGCGUCUCUUUCGGGAGCCUCCCCGCGCCCUGGCCGACGGCAGCCAGACCCGAAUCGGAGCCCGGUGAAAGGGGACAAUGAGCGGCGAACAGGAGCCAGAUGACAGUUAUGCACGAGUGCGAGCUGUGGUGAUGACAAGGGAUGACUCGAGUGGUGGUUGGCUACAACUUGGAGGUGGAGGGCUCAGCUCUGUUACCGUGUCUAAGACUCUACAACCUGGAGAUGGUGGUGCCACAGAAUAUCUAGUUCAUGGAGAGAGACUCCGAGAUAAGACGGUGGUCUUGGAAUGUGUGCUCAGGAGGGAUCUUGUCUACAACAAAGUUACCCCUACAUUCCAUCACUGGAAAAUCGGAGACAAGAAGUUCGGCCUUACGUUCCAAAGUCCAGCGGACGCCCGAGCUUUUGAUAGAGGAAUACGUCGUGCCAUUGAAGACCUGUGUCAAGGUUUACCCGCAUCUUGCCAUGGAGAGUCAGAAGCUUCUGAGGAUGGACCACAGGUGAACAAAGAAGACCAUUACAGCACUCAUAACAACGAUCACUUUUUCCGAAGCGACUCUAUACCAAUUGACGAACUGUAUCGCACCUCUGUCAUCAGACCCUCCCCAUUUGAUCCGAACCCAAGGAGAGCCUACCUCCACAACCAGGUUCCUCUCAAGCCACUUCGACAUGUCAGCUUCCAGGACGAAGAUGAAAUAGUCCGCAUUAACCCUCGCGACAUGAUCAUUCGUCGCUAUGCGGAUUACCGGCACCCAGACAUCUUUCGGAAUGAUGCUGAUCGGGAGGAACCAGAAGAUGUUACGCUCUUUACCAAGACAGACAGUAAAAAGCCCAGCUAUCUCUAUUCCCCAGCCAAUGGCAGAGACUCUUUUAAGGAGCCAAAAACGGCUGACGUUUGUAAGAUUCAGCCAACGUCCUCUCUAAAAAAGUCCAAAAGAAAAAAAGAGGAUGGAGAACGGUCAAGAUGUGUAUACUGCCAGGAACGAUUUAACCAUGAGGAGAAUGGAAGGGGGAAGUGCCAGGAUGCACCAGACCCCAUCCAGAGGUGCAUUUACCAGGUCAGCUGCAUGCUGUGCGCUGAGAGCAUGCUCUACCACUGCAUGUCAGACUCUGAAGGAGAUUAUUCCGACCCAUGCUCUUGUGACGCCUCUGAUGAAAACCUGUGUCUGCGCUGGCUGGCUCUAAUCACAUUAUCUUUUAUAGCCCCCUGUAUGUGCUGCUACCCUCCGCUGCGCGCCUGUCACCAUUGUGGUGAGAUGUGUGGCUGCUGCGGUGGGAAGCAUAAAGCAGCUGGAUGACACAGUAACUCUUAUCCUGUAAUGCCAGGAGGAUUUCCUACAUUUCCAAGGUGGCUGCUGGUUCUGACGUCGGCAGUUUUAAGUGGAGCUGUAACUGGCUCAUGGGAGGAGGACUUAGAAAAUGGUGCUGUCUGGGUUCAGAUAGGCCUGGAAAGAAUAUGUAACAGUGCCAGUCGUUCGAUAGAUAUAUAAAUAUAUAUAUAUAUAUUAUUUUUUCUUUUUGUAAUUAAUAUUAUUUUAUUUUUUAUUUGCCAUUCCUGUUCAAAAGCAGAGAAUUCGGGGGGGGUUUUCAGAUUGGCCGCCCUGUAGCGGGAUAAUAAACUGCGAGGAAAGCCGCAAGGCAGAAUGAUACAAUGAAUGGAUCUCUAUCCAUUAUGCUGUAGGCUUAAGGACGUGAGAAAAUGAUAAUAGAACAAUAUAUAUAUAUAUUUUUUUUUUCCGUAUUACAUCUCCUCUCCAGAAAGCAGUAUAAUAUGGAAAAUCUGUUGAUCCUGGGGGUGACUAACAUUGUAUACAAAAGAAACGUAACGUGGAGGAAAUGGACAAGCAACAGACAUGCGGUUACCUAAAAUGAGUUUUUAGUGGAACUAAAUCAUUUCUAGUUUUAUUCAAGUGAUUUUAUGUAUAAAUAACAAAUGUCUAUAUUUAACUAAAUAUACGGUACGCAGAAUUUUAUGACUUUUGGGAAGGUGUUUCUUAUGCUCCUUAUUCAGCUUCCACCACUGUUUUCCUAAUGAAAAUUGGCACAUUCCAUUAUAGGGCUGAGUCCUGCUGCUAUAGAGGGGGCAAUCUUUCUGGCAGCAGAAUGGUUAAAAAGCUGUUUUUUUUUCCAGUGUAUUGUUUUUUCUGAAGAUUUACUGUUAAUCCGGAUUUUCUGUCUCUCGGAUCUACCUGUGUUAUGUCACAUUAUUUAUACACUCUGGUACAUAGAAUAUAACACAACUGUCAGAUA